AUGUGUGUAUAUGUAUUUCCUCGGCCCAAUCUUUGUCCAAAUCUCACAAGCGAAAGACGGUGCAUAGAGUGUCGAGCUUAUGUGAUUGAGCUGAGAUGGAUACACGUGAUGAACGAGCAGGUCAAACAGCAGUCAAAGAAAGAGUCACCCAAAAUACACUGGCACCCUGCCAUAGGAGAGUUUUUUUUUCUCUCUUCGCUCGUGCUCUUACUUCGUUUUUUUCUUUUCUUUUCUUUUUUUGUAUACCGUGUUUUUUUUCCAAGCGGUCCAUCAGAAAAGCAAGUACGCCUUUUUUUAGUACUGCGUAUACGCUCGGAGAAUUUUUGUUUUUUCCCUGGAUUCCAAGAGGUUGUGGGGUUGAUUCAAAUAGCUGGAUUGGCUCUCUCGAUCGGGGCCCCACCAUAUGUGGGCUUUCUUUUAUUAGUAUUAAUAAGAAAAGAGAUGAAGACAUGUUGGGCUGUGUUCAGAAGGAUAGACGAGUGGCGAUGUGGCUAUGCUAGAUAUCAAUCUAAGGUUGGCUAUGUUGGCUAUAUUCUCGAUCUAUUGACGCCAUAGCGGCGAAGUAUCAGAUCUGGCAUUAACACCGUACAAGAAGAUACAAUGAAUUUGCCCAAGGAGUCGAGCAAAAGGCACAUGUCGUGUGAUAGUACAUGACUGUGCUGUUCCGGUGCUAUUAUGUUAGACAAACUCCAUGUUUGCUCGUACUUCUUUUUCUUUUUCUUUCGCAGGAUGUGGAUGGAGGGCGUGGCUGUAUAAGAGAUUUUGAC